AUGAAAUCACAGGCAUCAUCAAUAAUAAUGGAAGAUGUUUUUAUUCAUUCAAUUAAUGCACCAUCUCCAAGGUUCUGGUAUGGUGCGGUUUUGUUACCUAAUCAACAAGUUGCCUAUUUAGGAGGCUACAAUAUUGAUUAUCUACCAUUGUAUAAAAAUGGCUCUACACUUAUUCUUUCUUCGGAAUCAUCUUCACUGGUGCAGGCAUUUAGUUUCGAAGUCUUGGAACUAAAUAUUCCUCUUUUCUAG